GGCCCUGUCGUCUCUGGGUGUCGGAGCGAGGCGACAGUCUCGCCGCCGCGGGACGCAGGAAGGGACGGAAGCACGGACCCGCCAAGGGAACCCCCAGGGCCAUGACGGAGCGUGCCGGCCGCCGCUGCUGCCUGGGCUGGGACUUCAGCACGCAGCAGGUUAAAAUCGUUGCUGUUGAUGCAGAGUUGAAUGUCUUCUAUGAGGACAGUGUGCAUUUUGACAGAGACCUUCCUGAAUUUGGAACUCAGGGCGGUGUCCAUGUACACAAGGACAGGCUGACGGUCACCUCUCCAGUCCUGAUGUGGGUCCAGGCUCUGGACCUGAUCCUGGAGAAGAUGAAGGCUUCGGGCUUUGACUUCUCUCAAGUUGUAGCUUUAUCUGGAGCAGGCCAGCAACACGGGAGCGUUUACUGGAAGACUGGAGCCAGCCUGGCGCUGUCAAGCCUGUCACCAGCUCUUCCGUUACACCAGCAGCUGAAGGCCUGCUUCUCCAUCAGCGACUGCCCAAUAUGGAUGGACUCCAGUACCACAGCCCAGUGCCGCCAGCUGGAGGCUGCGGUGGGCGGGGCCCGGGCUCUCAGCUGCCUCACAGGGUCUCGGGCCUAUGAGCGCUUUACUGGCAACCAGAUAGCAAAGCUCUUCCAGCAAAACCCCGAGGCCUACUCACACUCCGAGAGGAUUUCCUUGGUCAGUAGUUUUGCUGCUUCGCUGUUCCUGGGUGGGUACUCGCCCAUCGACUACAGUGAUGGUUCUGGAAUGAAUUUGUUGCAGAUCCAGGAAAAAGUCUGGUCCCAAGCUUGCCUUGGUGCCUGUGCCCCCCGUUUGGAGGAGAAACUCGGCUCACCUGUCCCUUCGUGCUCAGUUGUGGGAGCCAUUUCUUCCUACUAUGUCCAGCGCUAUGGAUUCCCUCCGGCAUGCAAAGUGGUGGCCUUCACUGGGGACAACCCAGCAUCGCUGGCGGGCAUGAGGCUGGAGGAAGGUGACAUUGCGGUCAGCCUGGGCACCAGCGACACCCUAUUUCUCUGGCUCCAAGAGCCCACGCCUGCCCUGGAAGGCCACAUCUUCUGCAACCCUGUGGAUGUACAACACUACAUGGCACUUCUGUGCUUUAAGAAUGGCUCCCUUAUGAGAGAGAAGAUCAGAGAUGAGUCUGCUUCCGGUUCCUGGAACAAGUUCUCUAAAGCCCUGCAGUCCACGGAGAUGGGGAACAAGGGCAACUUGGGUUUCUAUUUCGAUGUAAUGGAGAUCACCCCUGGAAUUAUGGGACGUCAUAGGUUUAACGCAGAAAACAUUGAGGUCUCAGCAUUCCCUGGGGAUGUGGAGAUUCGGGCACUGAUCGAAGGACAGUUCAUGGCCAAAAGGAUCCACGCAGAAGGGCUAGGCUACAGAGUCAUGCCCAAAACAAAGAUUCUGGCCACAGGGGGAGCAUCUCACAAUAAAGACAUCUUACAGGUGCUCGCAGAUGUUUUUGGAGCCCCCGUGUAUGUCAUAGACACCACCAGCUCAGCCUGUGUGGGCUCUGCGUACCGAGCUUUUCAUGGCCUUGCAGGAGGGACAGGUGUGGCCUUUUCAGAGGUUGUGAAGUCAGCACCUCAUCCCAGCCUGGCUGCCACCCCCAGCCCCGGAGCUUUCCAGGUCUAUGAGGCCCUUCUUCCUCGGUACGCUCAACUUGAACAGAGAAUCUUGUCUCAGGCCCGGGGACCUCUGGAAUGACUGUGUGCCCUGGCAGCCUGCUGCCUCCCACCUGCCCAGACUUCCCACUUGUCCUCUUGCCUGUGCUGACUCAGUGGCACACUCUUGUCCUGUCCUGGACCAUCCCGAAGCUGGCCAGGACUCCCUGGAGACGUGUGGUUGCUCAUGUCCCAGGGUGGGAAUGCGCCAUGUCCCAGGGUGGGACUGCGCCUCUCCUUUCUGUCUUUCAGGAGGCAGGAAAACAGUGUAGGGUGUGGCCAUCAAAGAUGCUCACACACACACACCUUCCGAAGUCAGAAAGAAAGCUCUCUUUCAGGACCAAACUCGGCAGAAUAGGGAACAGCCUUCUUCCUGGAUGACUACACCUCCUUGGUCCUCGCCUCUAGCCACCUCAGCCCACACUGGGACCACUCCUUCCAUCCUUCCCUGCAAACCAGAUUCUGGAGCCCCCACGUCCCCCUCCCAGCUGUCUCCACCCUCCUGUUUCUUUAGGUGCCUCGGGUCACCCAGCUGGGCCAUCGCCCAGGCUAAACACUUUAGGGUUCGCCCUGUUUCAUUGUAAUUCACAUAAUGGCAAAAUUGUGUGUUUCUUGGAGAAAUUCUGGAUUUUUUUUUCUUGAGGCACGGUCUCCUGCAGCCUGGCCACCCUCAAACUUUCUUUGCAGCUGAGGGUUACCUUAAACUUGUGAUCUUCCUGCUACCAUCUGCCAAGUGCUGGGAUUAAAGGCAUGUGCCACCACACCUGGUUUAUGUAUUGCGGGGGAUCCCAUGGCCCCUGCGUGCUGGGCGAACACUCUGCUAGCUGAGCCACACCCCCAGCCUGAAUUUCCUUUUUAUUUGUUCUCAUGUCCACAUAUUAUAUUUGUCCAGAUGCUGAGUCCUCCCUCCUUCCUCUUCACUCCUUUUUAGACUUCCCUGCUCCUUGCUCAGAUAAGCCCCUUGUGACCUCACUCCUGUGAAAACCCCAGGGUUUUCCUCAGCCACACGGCUGCACAGAACUCAGACCACAGUGGCAAGAUGUUGCAGACAGGUGUGAGAUCACGUGGUCAGAGAACAGUGACUGCUGGGAAGUCUGAAGGACAGAGCAUAGACUUGAAGAGCAGAGCAUCUUCCGUCUGGAAGGGAAGGCUCGGUGUGUGAUGGGCAAAGAAGCUGCAGGCGGCCAUCAUCGCCACAGCAAACACAAGCUGGAGGAGACGCUGCCGAGCCUCUUGUUGUAAAUCCUGAGCAACAGCAUCUGGGACCACAAAACAGUAAACUAAGGUGACAUUCCGACAUAGAUCGUCCUUACAAUAAAUCAGACAAUCGUGGAGGAAGAAAAAGAUGCCAUGGGUGACAAAAACAUCCAAAUGCAAACGCAGCAAGCUUAUGGGGGAAGAGAGUGAUCAAAAAGAACAGUGUCAUGACAGAUUUUGAGGCUGGACUACAACGUAUGGAAGAGGAGGCAGAUAUGGCAGGAAAUCAGUGAGGCACCGGAAAAGAAGGGAGAAGAAAAAGACAACACGGGUAAUAUUAGUGCUCUCAGCCACAAAAGACAAGAUCCCUGUUGCUAACUGGAACUACCCAAAAUAAAAACACAACUUUGAAAACA